AUGGCGGUUGUGAGCUCCUCCAGUGUGAUGACGGUGUCCAGGCCACGGCUUUCCUCCUCACCCAGGUGGCAGUGCGCUGGUAAAGUGAAGAAGUUGAAGAAAACUCAAAACCCGGAACACUUAAGCAGGCUGUUUGAGCAGCUGGUGGAGAAGAACAGCACACACGGCAGGGCUGCCCUCCUGUGUGAGAUCCGUCAGUAUCUGGAGCUGUGUGAACACACGGAAGUGACAUUUUUGCCUGUUCAGAUUGGCAUCAUUGCUGCAAUGCUGGAGGAUGAAGACAUGGUGGUUACAACAAACUGCUUCCAAGUCCUCAACAGCUUGGCAGGGAACUUCAGCAACCAAAAGGAGAUGCAGAAGUGCAUCCCCCGGAUUAUUUAUUUCUCAGCCCAGAGUGCGUGCCUGGAGCAGCAGAUAGCUGGCCUCGGGCUGAUCAGCACACUGGCGCUCUGCAGCGGGAACCAUCCCGAGAUCCUGAAGGGCAUUCCGGAGUACCUGCGCAUCCUGCAGACAGCGCGCUACAGUGGCAGGGUCUCGAUGAUUAUCACAAGAAUCCUAUUCAGUCUGUCUACAAACCGAGGCCUCGCCUAUGUUUUGCUGAACUCCAAGGUCGAGCCUGCGUUCCUCCACCUCUUCAACCCCUUUGUGAAUAAAUACAUCAUAUACCAGCUCCUGGCCUUCGUGGGCAACCUGAACGAGAGCCUCAAGAGCGAGAACUCCUCGUGUGUGCAGUGGGAGUACAACGAGGAGUCCCUGUAUGUGCUUCUCUUCAGCUCCGACUCCCCGCUUCUCAACAAGCUGCUGCCACUCAUGAACCACAAUGACACGUGAGUCAAGAGCGCCACCAUCAGCAUCGUCAGCAAGCUCGUGUAACACAGUGAUGACUGUGUGGUACAUUACUAUUGCAAACAUAGACUCCAAUAAACCAAGAAGAAUC